GGCGCCGUCACCAAGGAGUCAGCUUGGCCCCCUUCUUGCAGCCCAGGGCCGUGCAAAGUGGGACUUGUACCAGUGUCCACCGGUGUGCUGUCAGUGAACACAAUGCAGUUCUUUACUAGGGUCUUGGUGCGGACCAGUUCGUUGUUGGAUGCAUUUGGACAACAUCAAUAGUCCUUGUUUUGCGGGUACAACACUCGGAGCCCCAGGAGAAGUUCCCCACGUCCAGCCUCGAGGCACAGGUUUGACUCCAGCAUCUGCUGUUGCCACUACUACUAGUUCAAGCACCAUGUCAUUUACAUCAAGGACAAAUGUUUCCACUUCUACUGCUGCUGCUGGUCCCUCAUUUGGAGCCAUAACAACUUUGAAUGGAAUGCAUCAUGGUACAACUUCGGGAUUUGGAUUUAGAUACUCUGGAGUAAAUGCAGUAGCAUCUACUACACCUAUUUAUUUUCCAGCUCAAAUAUCAACGAUCACCACCAUCACUGUUACCACCACCUUUGCCGGCAGAACCUCAGCCACCCAUGGACUUUCCUUCGAUCUACAAUCACUGAUAUCAUCUGGGAUUAAUAACACUGUUUCAGUCAGUGCGAUCAAAACUCCUGUGAUGACAUGUGGUCAGAAGGACAGUAUGAUUACUAUUUUACGUGGGAAAAUGGAAAAAACAAAACUGCAUCAGAAAAGGCUGGAACAAGAAUUGGCUUUUGUCCUCUCACAGCAGUUGGAACUAGAAGAUCUCUUGACCAAUUUAGAGGUGGCUGUGAAGGAGCUCAGUAGGUCUGUUGAUCCUCAGCAUGGAGAUGAAGAGUUUGAGAAGACGAUGCUUGAAAAUAAACUGCUUUUCAGUUACAAAUUAGCAGAAAAUAUAGAUGCUCAGAUGAAAGGAAUGGCCCAGGAUCUAAAGGACAUUACUGAGCACCUGAAUAUGUUUGGAAGACCUGCUGACACUACUGAGCCAGUGUGUUAA